GCAACUGAUCACAGGUGCUCUACUAGGACGGCCUUAGAACAGAAAAUAGGACAAAUUUUGCGGCGAUAAGUGAGUACUAUAUUUGUGCGGUCUAUGAGAAGAUGAAUGUCGAAAUGACUACAAUCAGUUGACCUAUCUAGCCAGGCCUGUUAUUUUUUGCUAGAGCACUUGAAUGCGGGAACAUGAGAGUCAUCAAAAUACUUAUCAAGGAAGUUUUGAUCAACCGUGUAUAAGCAGUUCCGGGGAACUGGAAUUGGAAUGUCAGGUCGCAAUUCCCAUCAUCAGCGCCGAAUUCACGCAACCAUCGACUUGUAAAGAGGUCAGGAAUGGGCAGCUUCCUGUCCGACGCACGCGCAAGCCCGGAGAAUAUGCUCAUUGUUGAAGUGUCAUCUAAUUCAUACGAGAGACUGAUAAAGCUGGCUCCACGCGCCCUUGAAAUUCCAUUUCUUGCAACCAUGGGUCCUGUCUUUGUCACUGCAGGUUUCGCGGCUCUAGUGAUUGUCUACGGGGUAUAUCGUCGAUACACUCGUAUCUCUUUGACAGAUGUUCCCGGUCCAGAUUCUGCAUCAUUUAUUAUGGGGAAUAUGAAAGAACUCUACCAAGGACAGGCAGCGGAGGCGGACUUCAAGUGGCAAGCUCAGUAUGGGAAUGUCAUUCGCUUCAAGAGCGCUUUCGGCGAAGACCAGUUGAUGAUUUCCGACCCGGCUGCCCUGCAGUAUAUCUUUGUAAAGUCAGGCUAUCGGUUUCCAAAACAGUGUGAUCGCCGCGUACUCUCCCAGAUGAUCAACGGAAAGGGAAUUAUCUGGGCGGAUGGUGACGAUCACAAACGACAGCGAAGAGUUAUGCUUCCUGGAUUCGGUGCACCGGAAUCCAAAGCCUUCUUGUCAUUGUUCAAGGGCUGCGCGGAGUCUAUGAGCAACAAAUGGACAGACAUAAUCAGUAAUUCUAAGGAGCAGUCAGCAGUGUUGAAUGUGUCUGCCUGGCUGUCGCGCGCAACCUUGGAUGCUAUUGGACAAGGUACAUGCUAUGCAGGCUCCACAAUUACCUUUUUAUCAUCUUGUUUUUCAGCGGCUUUUGAUAUCCGCUUCAGCUCCAUUGAUAAUAAUGAAAGUGCCCUUGGGCACUCAUACAGAAAUAUGAUGACUGAUGCGUUCGGAUCUCAGUCAGACUCGCAAAUAUUCUUUCAGGGGGUUUCGAAGUAUAUCCCACCUCGGGUUCUUGAAUACUUCGCAAAUACAAGCAAAAACCCACGUGUUGUGCGCAUACGUGAGACAGGCAGUGUAGCAACAUCUGUCGCAAAGCAGAUGGUGAAAGACAAGGCAGAGAUGCUAUUGCAAGGCAAGGGCAGUCGAGAUGUAUUUAGCUUGCUUGUCAAAGCCAACAUGGAUACAGAUGCCAAGGCGAAGCUGACGGAAGAAGAACUGUUUGCCCAGAUGCGUACGAUCCUCUUUGCAGGUCAUGAGACGACCUCGAACACUGUCAGUUUCGCGCUUCUUGAGCUAGCCAAGCAUCCCGAGAUUCAGUCACGCCUCCGGGCAGAGAUAUGGGAAACAGAAGCGGCUGUGCACGCCCGCGGGGAUGUGGACUUCACAAUCGCUGAUUUCGAGGCUAUGACAUAUACUACUGCUGUUAUGAAGGAAGUUUUGAGAUAUUGCUGCAUCGUGUAUCAUGUGCACCGGUACGCCAGCCAAGAUGACGUCCUUCCGUUGUCGCAGCCAAUCACCACGCGGUCCGGAGACGUCAUCUACGAGCUACCGGUUCCAAAAGGCACACGAAUUGUUGCAUCAAUUGCAGCGUACAAUCGAAACAAGGAGCUCUGGGGCGAGGAUGCGCACGUCUUCAACCCGGAUAGAUGGCUCGAUGGCACAGCGAAAGAGAAGAAGGCCACGUCAAUAGGGGUGUACUCCAACUUAAUGACAUUCAUCGGAGGAGUGAGGGCUUGUAUUGGAUGGCGCUUCGCGGUGAUCGAAAUCCAAGCAUUUCUUACGGAGAUAGUCGGAAAGUUUGAGUUCGCGCCGACUGAUAAGACAGAACGGAUUCGGCGGGAAGCAUGCUUGGUGAUGACUCCAACAGUGGCACCACGCAAUGACAAGGAGUACUAAGCGUCAUACGCGCCGAGAUGUCGGGCAGCUGUUCCCCGGCUUGCCCAUAAAUAGCUAUCUGUUUACUCAGUAUUCAAAGCAAUGCAAAGUUUAUCAGAUUGGA